GCGUAGGUGCGGACUGCAAGUCGGGUUGCCCUGGACGCUGUUCUUGGCUUUGUAGCUGACCCAAGAUGACGGCACCGACACAGAGCGGGAUUCUGCUGAGCGCGCUGUGUCCAAAGUUUUUGCAUACAAAUUCUACCAGUCAUACGUGGCCUUUCAGUGCAGUUGCUGAACUAAUAGAUAAUGCUUAUGAUCCUGAUGUGAAUGCUAAGCAGAUAUGGAUUGAUAAGACUGUUAUAAAUGACAUCGUAUGCUUGACAUUUACUGACAAUGGAAAUGGCAUGACUUCAGAAAAGUUAUACAAAAUGCUAAGUUUUGGCUUUAGUGAUAAAGUUUCAAUGAAUGGUCGUGUCCCAAUUGGAUUAUAUGGAAAUGGAUUCAAGUCAGGUUCAAUGCGCCUAGGUAAAGAUGCAAUUAUUUUUACCAAAAAUGGUGAAACUAUGAGUGUGGGCUUACUGUCACAGACCUACCUGGAAUCUACAAAAGCAGAACAUGUUGUUGUCCCAAUAGUAGCAUUCAGCAAGGACCGACAGCUCUUUAAUUCAACUGAGUCAAAAGCCAGUCUUAGAGCAAUUCUGGAACAUUCUUUGUUUUCUACGGAACAGAAAUUAUUGGCUGAACUUGAUGCUAUUAUGGGUAAAAAAGGAACGAGAAUCAUCAUUUGGAAUCUUAGGAGAGACAACAAUGGAGUAACGGAAUUUGAAUUUGAUAAAGAUAAAUAUGACAUUAGAAUUCCUGAAGAUUUAGAUGAAACAGGGAAAAAAGGGUACAAAAAACAAGAAAGAAUGGACCAAGUUGUCCCUGAAAGUGACUAUUCCCUGAGGGCUUAUUGCAGUAUACUAUAUUUAAAACCAAGAAUGCAGAUCAUUUUACGAGGACAGAAAGUGAAGACACAGUUGGUCUCCAAAAGUCUUGCUUACAUCGAACGUGAUGUUUACAGACCCAAAUUUUUAGCUGCUAAAACGGUAAGAAUUACCUUUGGAUUUAACUGCAGAAACAAAGAUCAUUAUGGGAUAAUGAUGUAUCACAAAAAUCGGCUCAUCAAAGCAUAUGAAAGAGUUGGUUGUCAACUAAAGGCAAACAACAUGGGUCUUGGCGUAGUUGGAAUUAUAGAGUGUAACUUCCUAAAACCAACUCACAAUAAACAAGAUUUUGACUACACAAAUGAGUACAGGCUUACCAUAGCAGCACUGGGAGAAAAGCUUAAUGAUUAUUGGAAUGAAAUGAAAGUGAAAAAAAAUGCAGAAUAUCCUCUGAAUUUGCCUGUUGAAGAUAUACAGAAACGGCCUGACCAGACAUGGGUUCAGUGUGAUUCCUGCCUAAAAUGGCGAAAACUACCAGAUGGAAUAGAUCACCUUCCUGAAAAAUGGUAUUGCUCCUUGAACCCAGACCCACAGUUCAGGAAUUGCCUUGUACCAGAAGAACCUGAAGAUGAUGAUUUGGUGCAUCCCACAUAUGAAAAAACCUACAAAAAAAAAGAUAAAGAAAAAUUCAAGAUGAAACGACCGGAGUUUAACCCUCAGCCUUGUAAUGAAUUAUUACAUAUGAAAAGUCCCCCUGUCCCUUCAAUUAAAGACUUCACCAUCCCAGUGAAGGAAAGCAUUCCAAGAUCACAUCUGUCAUCUCCGUUGGAUCUUGACAACAACAGCUUAAAACGGAGAUCUUCUGGUGCCAUGACUCUUUCGAAUGCAAAGAUGACAAAAUAUGAUGAUGAUGAUGUGAUUAUCUUAGAAGAGAACAGUACCCCCAAACCUUCUGUAGAUGCUGAUGUUACAAUAGUAAAAACUGAACAGAUUCAUACAGAGCAAAGUAAUAUUCAGUCUGAGAAUGUUGCUGACAGAGAGCCUUCUGAGGUAAAUAAUUCACUGAUCAGUUCAGUAUCCAAUUCUGGAUGUGACAAUGAGCCGAAGUCUGCUGCAACACAAACUGAAGUUCCAAAUUUACCAGUUAAAAAGGAAGAAGCUCUUGAAGGUGACAUGGACGGCCAAGAUGGCACACAGCAAGCCAUUGUAGAAGCUGAAGCAAAGCAGUAUGCCCUGAAUGUAUCUGAUCUAGCUGCAGGUGACAUUGGAUACCAAUUAAAUGAACUUAGAAAUGAGUUGCAGUUUGUCAGUGAAGAAAAAGAAAAUUAUAAAAGACAAUGUGAAAUGUUAAUGGAAAAAGUGAAAGAAUUGGAAAUUAAGAUAGUUGAGAUGAAUGAUAAAUAUGUGAAAAAGGAAACUUGUCACCAAUCAACUGAAACUGAUGCUACAUUUUUACUUGAAAGUGUUAAUGGAAAUUCUGAAAGUCAAGAUCAGAUGGCAUUUCAAUUUGAGCAGACUCUGAAGGAGAUAGAAAAGCUGACAGAACACUGUAACACUUUGCAAAAUUUAAAAGCGGAAUGCAGUAAAUGUUCAAGCAAUCAGAACAAAACUGAAGUGGAUGAAAUGGCUGUGCAACUUGAUGAUGUUUUCAGACAGCUGGACAAAUGCAGUGUUGAAAGAGACCAGUAUAAAAACGAGGUGGAAUUAUUAGAAAUGGAAAAAACACAAAUAGGCUUUCAAUGUGAAGAACUCAAAGCUGAAGUCGAACAACUAAAGGCCACAGUUUCGCAAAUGACAAGAUCAGAUGAUUCAACAACUAGUAACAUUGAAGCUUCUGUCAGUUAUUCUAAUAGGGAAAGCCUCAAACUUCGAUCCCUUCGAGUUAAUGUGGGCCAGCUGCUGGCUUCGAUUGUGCCUGAUCUAGAUCUACAGCAAGUAAAUUAUGAUGUUGAUGUAGUUGAUGAAAUUUUAGGACAAGUUCUUGAACAAAUGCAUGAAAUCAGUAGUACGUAAAAUAUAUUUUAUGUGAAACAAUUUUCUCAGUAUUUCUGUUGUACAGUUUUCAAGAUGUAGGCAAUAUUAUUCUUUUUGUAAAGGUACAGAAAGUAAUAAACUAAAGUACUAUGUAUGCCUACUGGAAAAAAUACAUACUCUAUGCACUCAAAUAUUUCCACAAAUGCUGUGGAUACUUUGUCAUAACUUUUAAAAAUACUGAAAGGUGUUGAUCUUUAGCCAGAAAUUGUAUUACAAAUAUAAAUGUAUUUAUAAUUAAGUCUGCAUAUAUUUUUUAUGAUGAUGUUGGGGACUUAAGUGUUUUCACCAAGAGCUUUUCUGAUCACCUCAGACCUUUGUGCAAUCUUUCCAGUCCCUCAAAUUAUAUUUUUUUUUCCUAAAAUGAGGAUUGUGCCACAAUUUAAAUGGAAAGUUUUCCUUUUAGCUUUCUUAUAUAAAGAAUCUUUGGGAAUUUUUACUUUAAUCUACCUGUUUAUGACUGAGAUUAGUGCCUGCUUUGUGAACCAUCUUUAGUAAAUGGCUGUUAGAUUUCCUUUAGAUGAUUUCCUGUCCCUGAAAUUGAACAUUCUUUAAAACAAGCUAGCAAUAAUAGUGGUUAUAAGGUUUCAUUUUGGUCCUGUUUUAAUUUCACUAGUAGGAUUUUCUCCUGCAGAGAUUGCCAAUCAUGUUGAAUUAUGGAAGUGUUUUUUUUUUAAAGUGUAAAAAUAUGGAUAGAUAAGCUUAAGUAUCAGAAAAUAAGAGGGUUUAUUAUAUCAAAUAUCUAAUAAAAAUCAUGAAACUCAUUUUUGUCUUCCUGUAAAAAAUGAGUGUGAUUUUCUAUUUAUUUUUAAUUUUUUUAAGUUUCUUUGCAGCCUACUUUAGGCUACUUCUUACGUUUGCUGGGUGAUCUCUUUAGCAAUACUGCAUUCUUAGGUUACCAACUUAAAUAUUCAUUAUUUUUAGGUUAAAUUGGAACUGUUGCUCUAGUAUUAUACCAUUGCAUACCAUAUCGCAUUGUUAUGCUUUGUGUUUGCUGCAUUUUGGUGGGAUUUCUAAGAGAUGGCUGUUUCUAUUACACAUGACAGCAUGUAUAUGUAUAUAAACAAUUCAGAACCAUAUUUUUCUCAAUUAAAAUGUGGGGUUUUUUCAAAUCACUUAUUUAUUUUAUUUUUUCUUGAACAAUUCAAUACUUGUAUAGACUACUUUUAUAAGGUAUGCAUAAAAUACAUGUAGAUCAUAUUAAGAUAUUAAAAUUUUUAUGGUACUUAAGAUUCCCCCUCUCCCCCCCACAAAAAAAGCAGCAAGUUAAUAGAUUUGGUUAUUAUCUGAUUGUUAAUCAAAAAGUGAUUAAAAGUGUAUUUUUUGUAUAAAAAGGUUUUCUGUCAAA